GUUAUAUUGUUAUAAAAUUAUAUUUCCGCAUGCUCAAAGUAACAAAAGUAGAUUAUAUUCAGCGGUGCAGAUGUCUAAUUAGAUAGGAUUUACCGCCAUGAUCCCGCCCUCAGUAUGAGCGAACUACAACGGGCCUUCGCAAAGGCGAAAUUAGCAGGACUCCCGCCCGUUCUCCCGGAGCCACUCGUCGACCUAGACGAACAGGGAGAAGAACGAGAUGCGUUUCCCGAGCUUUCAACAGAGCGGUCAGAUGAUGACUCUUCGUCUGCGUCCUCUGCUUCUUCAGCGUCUUCCACUGGCACUAUAAGACCGACGAGUAGCGGUAGGCUGUUUGCACGUCCAAUGGGAUCACCAAAUAGGUCGCCAGCUCACUUUGCCCCUCUACCCUGGACGUCAUACUUUGAGCGAGACCUCAAGAUAUCACACAUAGACUCCAACCUCAAAGUAACACAUCAAGUUUAUCUUACCUCGCCACUGUCCUCUCCCACCAAACCUGGGCCUCUAUUUGUCACUCACCAUGGUGCAGGCUCGAGCGGGCUUACGUUUGCGACGCUCGCAAAGUCCAUCCGGGCUCUCCUCCCAAAUGCUGGCAUUCUGAGCCUGGAUGCUAGAGGCCAUGGCUCAACCACUAUUGAGACGCUUAAUGAGAGUGAUCCGAUGGAUGGGAUACUCGAUGUUAGCUUGGAUACACUGACGGAUGAUCUCGUCACUGUUAUACAAAAAACGAAAGAGGCCAUGAAUUGGCCCACCAUGCCACCCAUAAUUCUCAUCGGUCACUCCCUAGGCGGCAGCGUCGUCACAUCAGUGGCUGCUAGAGGCACCCUCGGGCCUUCCCUGCUCUGCUAUGCUGUUUUAGAUAUCGUCGAGCGCACGGCAAUUGAAUCACUAGCCAGCAUGGCCGGCUACCUCAAAAGCCGGCCUGCGACAUUUCCAAGCCUGGAGGCAGGUAUCGCGUGGCACGUUAGAACCGGCAGUUUAAAAAAUGUCGAAAGCGCUAGGGUUUCCGUACCUCCGCUACUCACGCUUCUGUACAACAAACCAAAAGAUGACGCGAACUCUACGGCCGCUAGACAAAUAUACAACUGGCGUUCUGAUCUCGCCAGCACAGAACCGUUCUGGAACGGCUGGUUUGUUGGGCUUUCUGACCGCUUCCUCUCAUCAAGGGGCGGCAAACUACUCAUUCUUGCGGGAACAGAGAGGUUAGACAAGGAGAUGAUGAUUGGACAAAUGCAGGGCAAAUAUGCCCUCCAGAUAUUCCCAGAUGCGGGCCACUUUCUGCACGAGGACCAGCCGGAGAAGACGGCACAGAGCAUCGUGGAUUUCUACAAGCGGAAUGACCGCAGCGCGAUGGUGUUGCCGCCGAAGGUAUCGGACAUGUUGCAGCAGGGAAAGAAGGUAUAGAUGUAGAUAGGACGGCUUAUGAAAUUACGAAAUAGGGACGACGCCAUCACAAAAUCAUAGAAUGGGUUUGUACAUGGUUCUAGGUGCAUAUGGGCUUUGUUGAUUCUAGACUACCAAGAGAC